CUCCUAGUGCAAAAGAGCUGGUGAAGCCGCGCAGGUUGAAAACAAAAACACUUUAUUACGUUUGAACGCGUUGUCUGUCCUCAUACUUGGCCUCAUCGGCGUAGACACAAAAAAGUUAUUUGCAGCAAGAACCGAAAUUAAAACGUAUUGGAAGAUGUCCCUGAAGAAUACAGUUCUGCUUUGGAAACAAUAAUCAAGUCUCUCUCAUUGUCACCCAAUGUCCUUGAAGACUAUUCUGAAGAAUAUCUACUCAUUUUUGGAAGUGUUACGAAGUGCUCGAUCACCUGAUGUUGAGACAUGGGACCAGCAGGCCUUGGAGAAUGCUUUACAGUGGGCAACCUACUGUGAACAGGUGUAUACUCAGGCACAGUGCAAGCCUUAUAGAGAAGAUCUGAACCAGCAAGUGCAGCAACUUGGAAAACUUCCAUUAAAACUAGGAGAUCUGGAGAUUAACCUAGAAUUACUAAGAAAGGCUACACCAGUGCUUAUAAAGUCCCUUGUUCAGAAUCCCCAGCUAUCAGACCAGCUGCUCAGCAGAAUUUUGUCUGUUGGGAAUUAUGGGUCAUCUGCCUGUGAUAUUUUGUCUUUACUCUCUGAACUCAGUGAGACCAAGUCAUCCCUGCAGCAGGCAAUGCAGCUGAAAGAAUUGGUGAACAGUGCCCAACAAAGCGGUGAAAUUGAUCAGCAUUGGAGGUCAACAAGUGUCCAAACACAGGCAUGCUUACUCUUAAGGCAUAUCAGAAAGGUCUGGAUUAACUGCCACAGGAGGGACAAGGCAGUGAGCCAUACAGAAAUAAUUUUGACCAGUGCUUUAAUGGAGGAAUAUGGCUUGGGCCUCAUCGGCGUAGACACAAAAAAGUUAUUUGCAGCAAGAACCGAAAUUAAAACGUAUUGGAAGAUGUCCCUGAAGAAUACAGUUCUGCUUUGGAAACAAUAA